AUGGACGGUUUCGUCGUGGCCCACGCUGUUGGCUGGUUUUGCAAAACUUUGAUCAUCCGCGAUUUCUGGAUGACGAACGUUCUUUCUGUCACAUUCGAAUUCCUCGAAUACUCGCUAGAACAUCAACUUCCGAACUUCUCCGAGUGUUGGUGGGAUCACUGGAUUCUCGACGUUCUUCUUUGCAAUUUCGGCGGCAUCUGGCUUGGCAACAAGGCGCUCAAGGUGCUGGAGAACAAAGAAUACAACUGGAUCGGAAUCAGAAACCAAAUGGGAUACAAAAAUAAGAUGAGAAGAGUUAUCGCGCAGUUUUCUCCUUAUUCCUGGGUUUCCUUCGCCUGGAAGCCAAAUACGAGCAUACGAAGAUGGGUUAGCGUAAACGUCAUCAUCAUUUUCGUGCUCAUCUGCGAGCUCAACACUUUCUACCUCAAAUUCGUCAUGUGGGCCCCUCCAGAUCACCCGAUCGUACUCGGCCGACUCUGGUUCGUCGCCGCUGCCGGAGCCGUGGCAGUUCGUGAAGCCUACGAUUUCCUGUCUGGCGUUACUGCCGAAAUUGGACAGUCAGCGUGGAUUGCUGUCGCCGUUAUUAUCACAGGAAGGGGCCAAAGCCAAGGCAGCGAGGAGCCGGCUGAAAGCGCGGUGAAAACGGAAAAGAGCGCUUCGAGAUCGUACUCGAACUAUAACAGAGAGAUUUGGAGAGUCCAGGGGGGCAUUCUCGAGAGCUCACUCGUCGAAUUCUGCGUUCAGAGAACAAGGCGCAAGUUUAUCGACGAUAUCACGGCGAAGCGAAAGCCAAAUCUCACGCUUUUCAAAGAAGACUGGCUUGACUUGAUAGAAAUUCUAAAGAGAAUCGUCGCCGACAUCAUCAACAAGGGAGAUGCAAGAAGCGAGUGGCUGAAAACAGUGACGAUUACGCAUCAACUCUGCGCGCAAAAGUACCGAAAUCUCAAGAAGGUCUAUCACAUUUCCAAGCAGAAGGACUCUCGCAAAUUCAGCUAUAAGAACCAAUUCAAAGAAAUCGAAGACCUCUCCUCAACAGUUCUUCAAGAAUCAACAAAAGUCGUCACUGGUCCUUCGCAAUUUAUCAGCGAAGCAGGGUUGUCUAUCGUUCCCGGUUUGAUCCCGAAUCUUGCCGUUGCAGAAAACGUAAUGCACGUCAAUCCAGCAAGCCCGAGUCCAACAAAUCCCAACGUCAAAACGGAGAGAGAGCCCGAAAUCGGCAUCGAGGAAAUUCUCGUGAAUGAAGAUUGUGAUGAAAGAGCGAUGGAGAGCCCUGAUUCUAGCUACACCUCGCCAACUCAUCUUCAUGACGAAUCUCCGGAGACGAAAAGUGAGCCUCCCUCAGAAUCCGGCCAAGGCAUCACAGAGAAUGUCAUUCCUAUUGUUGUUGGCGGAAACAACGCGGUAAAACUCCGUACAGAAGAACUCCUGGCCCAAAUCAGCAAAUACAUAGGUGAUCAAAACGCUGAAAACAAAAAAGUGAAGCUCGUCUCGACCAAGACUGAUGUAACCCUCUCGCCUCCGGUUAAAAAAGCACUCUCUGGGAUUCCUCAUCUUUCGGAUACUCAAGCUACAGUCCGUAACUCAACUCCUCCUUCAGCGCCGCAAACUGCCGUUGAGAAGAUUCUUCUGAAGAUCGGCUGCAUGAUGGACUCGUGGCACAGAGAAAUGCGCGAGCACAACAAUCGAAUGGAACGGCUCUUGACGGAACGGAAUAAAAUCUCCGAAGAAAGCAACAGGCUUCAACGAGAGAGGAUUGCUCUCGAACGCGAGAAGUUCGAAUUCAUGAAGCUUAAAAGAACCGUCGAGGAAAUGAACAACAUCGUGGAUGAUACACCCGCCGAGCCGACAGAUGAAAAACACAUCCUUGAAACCGACCCAGACGACAUCCCAAUCAUCCAAACUGUGGAAUAG